AUGAGCUUGAAGAAAGAGUGGCAAGCGUUGACGAAGUUCAUGGAUUCAAGCAAGGGAGUGCCUGGGAUAGGCUUUGACUAUGACACCGGUUUGUUUCAGGCACCUGACGAGUGGUGGGACAAGAUGGAAUCAAUCAACAAGGCGUGUGCGAAGUUCAGGAAGAAAACGUUGGAACACCGUGACUUGAUAGAGACGGUUUUCAUGGGGGCAGCAGCUACUGGGAAGCACCAUUGGACCCCGGGAGAGAACCUUCCUGAAGCUGCUACAGACUCAUUUGAUUCAGUGCGUAGUUUGGGAGCCCAGCCAUUUGCUGAUCCGAUACCCACAGGAGUACAAGACGUGGAUUCUGAUUCAUCACUGGAGCAUGUGCCGAUUGAAAAGGCAAAAAAGAGAAAGACGCCAUCAACAAGUGUCUUAAAGUCGAAGAAGGCAACAAGUGGUGCGUCUGUUAUUGCGGAAAGCAUGAACAAAAUGACAGAUGUGGUGCGUUCGAAGAAUCAGCAGGUCACGGUCAGGCACCUCACAGGCAACGAAUCGCUGUACACUAUUUCCGAGUGCAUGCAUAAACUGAGCAGUAUUCCAUCCCUGAUUGGUACGCCAUUAUUCCACUUCGCCUCCACACUUAUGGAUAACGCCGAUUACCGGGAGGUCAUGAAGUGCCAGCCUGAUGACGACCAUAUCAUUGGAUGGCUUACACAGAAGCAGCUCCAGUGUACUGCGUCGGGGCCAUUUGCAAACCUAUUUGGGGGUUGCCGGAUGUGA